UCCAAAAUCGCUGCAGAUCCGGAAGCUGCAUCGCCGGCUGCGCACAAAUAGUCACAAUGGGAAGCGCUGCUUAAUUUCUAUAGGAUCCGGCUUUUAUCUGAUCAUUAGACUCCAGGUCCGGAUCAAAUUACAGUUUAGCGUUAUAUCAGCGCCGAAUCAGUCUACUUUUAAUUUUAUUAUCGCCUUCGUGGUUGGCUCGGCUUACCCACUGAAAAGCGGCUCGCCCCCUCAAUGCUUAACAAAAUCAGCAUGCUGGAAGCUUUAGAUCCUGGAUUCCUGUUGAAACUUGUGAAUGUGUAUGGGGUCGUCUGUGAAUGUGUAUGGGGUCGUCUGUUCAAAGUUAGUGCAUCUGGAAGCUAAUUUUGGUCGCAGUCGUCGGGUGGCAAUAAUGUCGUCCUGGUCUCCUGCUGGCAAUUGAAGCACCAAAAUACUUUCGCUACGGCCGAAUAUUCCAUGCAGACCAUGAAACCGUUCCCCCAGCCAGGCAGGAAGCUCAGGCAGCAGCUAAGGAAAGCCAAACUGCAGCGUCUCCAAGAAGGAACGGUUCCCACCGUUCAAUCUGUAGCGCCUGCAACGGUGCAGCAGCUGCGCGGACUGCUAUUCCGUUCGGGCCCGGUAGUGCCGUGGACCUGUCGGGAAGAGUGGCUUGUAGUUUACGAGCAAGUAGCGCCCGUGCUCAGCCAGGCCGAUGAUCCGGCUGAGCUGGCCAAAUUCGAUCUGAAGGGAUUCAGUGCCAUCAUCAAAUCCUGCUGGAAGCCUUCUUGGCCGGAGAUGGACGACUGCAUGGAGUGCACAGUGGUGGUGUUGAAGGGCCUGCGCGCUUUGUACGCCGACGACGCGCUGGAGCAGAGGGAAAUGGAAGACGACGCGCGACUGACUGUUUCCAUGGCCGUCAUCCGUUUCGUCAAGUCCAUAACGGAGGACAUCCGGACGGCCGUCCGGCGCUCUUCCUCCAUCACGGCCAUCUGCCAGGAGCUGGGCGUGCCUGAGUGGCUGGUGCGCGUGCGUCACGAGGCCUCGCACGGUGAUCUGAAGGAGCACGACGAACUGCGCGAUGCCCUCGUCUUCGCCGCCAAAUGGCUCAAAGAGCACUACUGGGAUGUGGAGAAGCAGCGUAUUGACUCGGCUGGCUACAUGCAACGCCGCGCGGAGGAUGAGAUCGACGAGCCCACCGCGGAAGAAGUGCAGCACGUCGUGGAGCUCGAAGUGCUUGAUCUCCAACGUCACAUCAAUUUCGCUGUGGACCAUAACCGCGUAAAGGAGCUUCUGUCAGUCUGUGUGUCCAGUCGAUGGUUUUUACUUCGUUUCCCACAGAGAAUACACCGCGCGCUGCAGCGCGGUAUAGUACAAGCGGCCAAGACCGGACUGUACCGUUUCCUUACUAGAAUAAACCCCCUAACUAUAUCUCUGAUGCAAGACAUGGACUUCCUGCUGCAGCGGUAUCUGCCGGUUGUUGCGCGAGUGCUGGUGUCGGCUGUCCUGUGCCCCGAGCAGUCACCGUGGACGUUAAUGAAUGCCGAAACAGAGCUACCAUCACGAGAGGAAGUGAAGGGCUCCCUGCUGGUCCAUCAGGUUUUGAAACAUCCUGGUGGAACCCAGGCUCUGCUGCUGAGUCUGGCAGACGUCAUCCACGAUCCGUCGGAUCAGCGUGCCCGUCUGGUCGCCGCUUGGACCAAGUACGUGCUGAAGCAGACACCGCGAAACAGGAAGGGUUAUUUGCGGCUGUGGGAUCCCUUUGACUGGAACAGGAUUGUCCGAUCCUUUGUGGCCAGACCGUCGCCCUAUGCCGAAGAGAUUCUAAAAAUGCUGAGUCCGUGGGUGUCCAAGAAAAAGGAAGCCAAGUUUUUGACGGAAUGCCGACAGCUGACGACGGCUAUUGCCAGAGAUAUCCCAUCGGUGGCCACAGUAAAGCGAAAACGAACGCCCAGAACACUAGAAAUGCUCAAAAAGGAAAUGAAAGAAAAGCAUAGUAUGGAUAUGGAUAGAACUCACGGUUCUGUUCCCGGAUCAAGCUCGGCGGUAAUCCGCUGUUGGGAGAAAGCAACGGAUGUGGAUUGGACCGGCGUCCCCAUCGGUAUGCUGCCCUGGCAGAAUGGGUUUGGAGUGAAUCUCUAUCAAGAAUUGCUGAUUAAUGACUAUGGUACGGAGGUGAUGUCAGAAUAAUCCACGGUGCCGUCGUACCGAUUUGUGUUUUUUGUACAAUGAGAAUGUGAUGCAUCCGCCCGACAAUUUACUAAUUUUUAACUAUUACAAAUAAACGCGGAUAGAUGAAUUAUUUAUGGUUUCAUUUUUUCCGUAAAUACAGAGCGUAGCAAGAAAAGC